CUUGAUUUUGCAUAGUUCAUCCUCCAGAUGGCAGACGACUUCGUGGAUGAUGUGGUUACUUCUGCUUGCCGCAUCGCCAAAUUGCGACCUUCAUCGACUCUGGAGAUUCGCGACCUGCAGCUAGUCUUGGAACGUCAGUACAACAUGCGCAUAUCGGGCUUCUCCACCGACGACCUUCGUACCAUCAAGAAACCUCAGCCUACUCAAGGGUGGACUCAGAAGAUGUCGGCCAUCCAAGCAGCGAAGGUCACUCAAGGCAAGGCAGAGUAAACAACAGCAACUCUAGCUAACGCUCCUCCGCAAGGCUUCAUACUUCGAAAAAUGUAUCCGAUAGUUCACCUCACCUCACAUCCUUUCCUAAUUGGCAUGCGCUGUUACUGGCAACAAGCAACGAGCGAUCAGCCAACGCGCCGGACUCAACUUUACGCAAGAUCACGCUCUUCCCUUCUCCCUAUCAUUUAUAAUGAAGAAUUGUUUUAUCUAUCAUUCGGGUAUUCGGAGGACUUCAUCCAGUUAUUUUCUUUUGUACUUUCAAUCACGAAGAUCGGUUCCAUCGGCGUUUGUUGGCUCGGCGGGUUUCUGGUUUAUGUCUCCUGCUUUAUAUUCUUUUUGUGUCGAUUUUCAGCAAUUGGAUCAACAUCGCCGCAGAUGCUAGCGGGAUGUUCGAUACUCGGUUCCAGGUCAAGGCUCUGUUUUCGUCUUUAUUUUCCCCAACGGUGGCAACAAAAAAUUGCAUUCACAGGGGCGUUCUGGAAGGGUUUCUUUUCGCUUCUCGCUUACCAGCCCAUGCUUUUCGUCGUUCUACAUUACCCCCAAUAUGGUUCCAAAUUCAAGGUUUCGCUUUAGGGAAUCUGGCUCUUAUUUGCUUCCUUAUCCUUCGACCCUUAGCUCUUAUCUUUUCUCUCCUAUAAUUUCCUAACAGCCUGGAGAACAGAAUUCUCAUUUGCAAGAUUGGCAAAAAAGCUACUCAAUCGAUCGAGCCAUCCAGCUGAACCCCCAGGAUCAAAGUUCGUUGCUUGCUUCAGCUA